ACUUAAUGGGCUGUUAUAUUAUAUCACAUAUCUGAUGUUGGAACAAGCUCAUCAUCCGCGUUUGUGGAGAACUGAUGGCAUCAUUAUUAUUGCUUUGCUUCAUAUUGGUCCUGUCGAGUUUCUCUAUUAUUGGCUUCACAGAGCUUUGCACCACCAUUUUCUCUACUCUCGUUAUCAUUCGCAUCACCACUCCUCCAUUGUUACUGAGCCCAUCAUGUGUCUUGGAUUUAAGGUCACACAUUUGUUGUCGAGAGAAAUUUAUUCAAGAAUCUCAAAUUACAAACUUGGCUAUCCCAAAGUGUCGCAUACAAUACUUAAUGAAAUCGCGAAGAGAGACUAUUAACAAUUUGAUGGAGGAAGCAAUCAUUGAAGCAGAUCAGAAAGGCAUACAAGUUUUGAGCCUUGGACUCUUAAAUCAGGCAAGUCAAAGUAUAUGUCUAAAAAAUCUAAUGAUAUCACAAAAUUUAUGUAAGCUAUCACAAAAUUGUUAUUAUGGAGAAAAAGAUUUAAAGAAAAUUAACCUCUCUCUCGAUAUCAAGGGCUGUAGGCUGAACCAAAAUGAACAGCUGAUACUUCUGGUUUUAUACAAAUUUAACUUUUCCAGGAAGAGAAGCUGAAUAACAAUGGUGAACUUUACAUAAGGAGAAAUCCUCAGCUGAAAGUGAAGGUGGUAGAUGGAAGUAGCCUAGCUGCUGCUGUGGUCGUAAAUUCCAUUCCUAAAGGAACUUCCCAAGUUGUCCUUGUUGCGGAAGCCAAAUGUAUAGAGUGUGAAUAAGUCAC